AUUUCAGUAGAAGCUGGCUUUUUUUUUUUUUUUGGUCCCAUUUUUCCCAGGGAGUUCCAGCUUGUCACAUCCAGAGGUUUCGGCACCGAGCUGCUCUUUGAGCCCAUGAAAACAGGAGAGGAGAGAAAAGCCAGAGAAGUCGUCAGCUUCACCUGAACAAAGACAAAGAGCAAGCGGUUACUCAUGGGGCAGGGAGAGGCUUCCGCACGAGGGACGACCAUGGAGGGAGACUGUCUCAGCUGCAUCAAGUACCUCAUGUUUGUCUUCAAUUUCCUCAUCUUUCUGGGGGGCUCCUUCCUCCUGGGAGUGGGAGUGUGGGUGCUGGUGGACCCUACAGGGUUCAGGGAAAUUGUAGCAGCCAACCCUCUGCUGUUCACCGGCGUCUACAUCAUCCUGGGGAUGGGAGGGAUGCUCUUCCUCCUGGGCUUCCUGGGCUGCUGUGGAGCCAUCCGUGAAAACAAGUGUCUGCUGCUUUUUUUCUUCAUGCUCAUCCUGCUCAUCUUCUUGGCAGAACUGGCUGCUGCCAUCCUGGCCUUUAUCUUCCGGGAGCAUCUGACCAGAGAGUACUUCACCAAGGAACUGAAAAGACAUUAUCAGGGCUACAACAACACUGAUGUCUUCACCUCCACAUGGAACGCCAUCAUGACUACGUUUGACUGCUGUGGGGUGAACAGCCCAGAGGACUUCAGGGACAGCCUGUUCAGGCUGCUCAACCAGAAUCAUGUGGUGCCAGAAGCCUGCUGCCAGCCUGCCAGUCAGACCGGGGAGCUGGCCUAUAUCAGCCAGGAGCAGUGCUUAUCAGGCAAUAUGAUGUUCCGCAAUAACAAGGGAUGCUACUCUGCUGUGGUGGACUACUUUGAACUGUACAUCUAUGUGGCCGGAGCGCUGGCCAUCGUGGUGCUAACCAUUGAGCUUUUUGCCAUGGUCUUCGCAAUGUGUCUCUUCAGAGGGAUCCAGUAGAGCUGUUCCAUCUUUUUUUUUUUUUUUUAAGAAAGAAAAAAGGGAAUUCAGGAGAAAAAAUAAUGGACAUUUGUAAAUUUGUGGAUCUCUUUUUUUCUAUUGGCUAACUUAGAAAAAACAAACUCUUGUACUUCACAGCUGGACUUUUGAGGUACCGAGUUGCAACAAAAAAAAA